AAUAUCUAUGAGACGGUAAGAAUAAGGCACAUUAUUAGCAAGAACAAUCGAAGCGUAAAAAGGAGGGGUAGAUAUAAGUGAAUGUUUCUACAACAGACAACCCAGCUAAGUAUUGUUCACUAUACCUAAUCAGAGUAUCGCAGUAAAGAAACAAAGAUACUUCGUUCAACCCAAGAAUUGAACCCGAGGUCCCUUGCUUUGAAACUAUCGUUUAUUUAUUUAUUUCGUAUAGCGAUUACACACUCGUUCAAUAUUGAGCAAACCAAAAUUAAUCGUGUUCGCGGUCACUUGGUUAAGGCUGUUAUCAGGUACACGAAAAGGUAGGUAUUGUAGGUAUGUUACUACUUUUAGUUCUUCAGAAUUAAUUUAAUCAACCUCUUUUGUAAAAAAAAUAUCUUCAAGCUUUGCUGUCUAAAAAUGCUCUUAACCAGAAUUUAAGAAUAAUAAUCGCACGUUCCGUACCACAUAAUCUGCAAUAUAUAGCUGUUUCACUCUUACUUCAAAUUUUUAGUAGGUAGGUGAGAUAGAGAUAGACCAAAACGUGAUCUUUCAAUACAUUAUGUCAAUGUCACUGUCAAUCUAUCAUAACACACGUCAUUCAUUAAAUUUGUCAAACUUGAAUCAAUUUCGCCGAGCUAGAUGUGAAAUUCUAAUUGGAUACUUUAUUAAUUUGUGACAAAAGGAAUUUUGGAAAAAGUGGCAAAAAUCUUUGAAAAUGUAUUCAGCGGCUGUCUUUAUGUGUUUGGCUACAUUUUUUAUACUUAGUAGUAAUGCUGAAUUCACCACCGAAGAUUGUGCAUCGCUUGGAUUCAUCAAAGCAAACCUAUUAUGUUCGUCCUGUGAUCAACUGAAGGAUUUCGGGUUAGAACAAUUAAUGGCUCACUGUAAAGAGUGCUGCCAUCAAGAUAAAACUGCACCAAAAGAGAAGAAGUAUGCUCGUGCUAUACUAGAAGUUUGUACAUGCAAGUUCCCGGCGUAUCCACAAAUUCAAGCAUUUGUUAAGAGCGAUAGACCGGCUAAAUUCCCUAAUCUACAAAUCAAGUAUGUACGAGGUAUAGAUCCAAUCAUCAAAUUGUUGGAUAAAGAUGGAAUUGUGAAGGACACUGUUGCUAUAGAAAAAUGGAACACAGACUCGGUAGAAGAAUUCUUAAAGGCUCAUCUUGAAAACGAAGCAGAUGAUGAACAUGAUUAUUUAAAAACAAAUAAAAUUUGAAUAGAAAACAUAUAGGUUUUAAGUUAUACCUACUUAAUAUACUUUUUUAUUCUAUCUUA